CCCUCCUCGCCUCGCCUCGCCUCGCCCUGCUCACCUCCACCACACCGCCAUGCCACCGCCGCCGCCCGCGCCCACCGACGCAGCCCCGCUGCCGCUGCACGUCGUCGCGCGCCAGGCCUUCCUCUGGACGCCCGCCGACAUCGCCGCCGCGCGCGCCGCGCACCACAUUGCGCCCAUGCUGCAGGGCACGCUGCCCAUGCUGGCGCAGCAGAACCUUUUCUGCGGGCCGCCGGCCGGGCUCAUGCACGAGGAGGCCGUGUGUCUCGUGGGCCGCCGCGCCGCCGUCCUCAUCGCCUCGCCCGAAUCGCACGACGCGCCGAGCACAUCGCAGGCCGCUGCCUACCACGAGGCGCGGCGCGCCGACAUCGCCGCACAACGCGCGGCCACGCGGGCCUCGAGCUCAGCAGCUCGUAGCAAGCAGCUCACCAGCACACGCGCGGCGCAGGAGAAGCGCGAGGCUCGCGCAGCACGGCGAGCGGCCGCCGGUGAGGCGCCCGAGGAGGAGGCACGGCCAGCGUCGCCGGCACCACCGCAGCUCGACGACGAGGAGAUCUCAUACAGCCACCUCACGCCCGCCCUGCCCGAUGGCGACUGGUACGCGCCCGAGCCACAUACCUACACCACGCUCGCGGCCGCUCGGAAAGCCGGCGUGUGGACCUUUCCGGCCGACCUGCGCGAGCGAGCACGCAGCGCCGUGUUCGAGGAGAUGCACCGCCGCGGCUACUUUCUCAACUGCGGCCUGCGCUUCGGCGGCGACUUCAAUGCGUACCCAGGCGAUCCGCUGCGCUACCACUCGCACUUCACCGUACAGGUGCUGGCGACGCCCACGACACCCCUGCCGGCGCAGCAGCUCGUUGCGUCGGGCCGUCUGGGCACGGCCGUGAAGAAGGCGCACCUGUUGGCAGUCGUCGACGGCGCCGAGGAGGCAGACGAGGAGGGCAAGGCGAAGAGCCCGCAGGUCACGUUCUGGUCGCUCACAUGGGCAGGCUUCGGCACAUGAGGCGCACAGCCGGCGCAAAAUGGAACUCGUUACGG